GAGGCAGACUCGGGCUGAGAGAGGGAGGAUGUCUGUGGGAUGCUGCUAGUUUGAUUUUAAAGAAUUGGAGGACGAAGCCCGGAGGGGGAUGCACUCCUGAGCAGUUUUACUUUUGGAUCUCUACCUUGUUCAUUCACCUUUUUAAUUGUUUUCCGUUGCUGAAAUCACUUCUGUUUUUAUUUUUAUUUUCUAAUUUUAUUUUUCCGUUUUUUUUUUUCUGUCUCCUAAGCCCAUUUUCUCCUUGAUCAGUCUUCGUCCAACUAGUCCCCCCCCCACCCACCCGCUGCAUCCACCCUCUGUUACGUCCUCCAGUGCAUCAGCAGUCGUUGGUUGUCGACAGGAUGCAUUUGGCCGAAUAGCAGAUUAAAGACGGGUUCUUGCUCCGGUGGUUUUCUCUGAGGGUUGCAAAGUUGCAGUCAGGACCGGGACGAACAGCGGGAGGAGGCGGUGGAUUAGGAUGGCUCUGGAAGAAGUGUGGGGCCGAGUGAAGAAUGUCUGCAAGCAGAACGGACUGCUCAUCCUGUCUGUGCUGGCCGUGGUCAUCGGCUGCCUGCUGGGCUUCUUCCUCAGAGGCAAGCAGCUCUCCGAGCAGGAGGUGAAGUACUUCCAGUUUCCCGGAGAGCUGCUAAUGAGGAUGCUGAAAAUGUUGAUCUUGCCUCUCGUUGUGUCAAGUUUGAUGUCAGGUCUGGCUGCCCUGGACGCCAAGUGCUCAAGUCGCUUGGGCAUCAUGACCAUUUCCUACUACUUGUGGACCACCUUUGUUGCCGUGGUAGUAGGCAUCCUCAUGGUUUACAUCAUACAUCCGGGCGGUGCCGCCCAGAAGGAGGACUCUGAGGACAGCAAGAAGCCGAUGACCAGUUCUGCCGAUGCUCUGCUGGACCUCAUACGCAACAUGUUUCCAGCCAACUUGGUCCAAGCUACAUUUCAACAGUAUCGAACACAGAGAGUGGCAGAGCUGAUUCCCAAACCGACAGUGGCCCAGCUCCUGGAUGAGACCACCACACGCCGGGUCUACAUCUACGGCGUGCAGGAUGACAACGGCACGGACAUCCAGAACUUCUCCUUGGAUCUCACGCCGCCUCCUGACGUCAUCGUGAAAACCUCGCCCGGUACCAGCGAGGGCAUGAACGUGCUGGGGAUUGUUAUUUUUUCUGCGACCAUGGGAAUAAUGCUGGGAAGAAUGGGACCCAACGGGAGCGCUCUGGUCAACUUUUGCCAGAGUUUGAAUGAGGCGGUUCUGAAGAUUGUUGCCAUUGUCAUUUGGUAUUUUCCCUUUGGCAUUGUUUUCCUUGUUGCCGGUAAGAUCUUGGAGAUGGAUGACCCUUCAGCCAUGGGGAAGAAAUUGGGCUUUUACGCCAUCACUGUGGUAAUGGGCUUAGUGCUUCAUGGCCUAUUCAUCCUCCCUGCCAUGUACUUUUUCAUCACCAAGAAGAGUCCCAUUGUGUACAUCAGAGGCAUUCUGCAGGCUCUGCUCAUCUCCUUAGCCACUUCCUCCAGCUCUGCCACUCUGCCUAUCACCUUCAAGUGCCUCCUAGAGAACAACCACAUCGACAGGCGCAUCAUCCGCUUCGUGCUGCCGGUGGGAGCCACCAUCAAUAUGGACGGCACUGCCCUCUACGAGGCGGUGGCGGCCAUCUUCAUUGCCCAAGUGAACAAUUACGAGCUUGACUUCGGGCAGAUCAUCACCAUCAGCAUCACUGCCACGGCCGCCAGCAUCGGUGCCGCUGGAAUCCCACAGGCUGGACUUGUUACGAUGGUGAUCGUGCUGACCUCAGUGGGUCUACCCACCGAUGACAUCACUCUCAUCAUUGCCGUUGAUUGGGCCCUGGAUCGAUUCAGGACCAUGGUCAACGUGAUGGGCGACGCUCUGGCCACGGGCAUCAUGGCUCACAUCUGCAGAAAGGAUUUCGUCAAAGAGGGCGAGCAGGUGCCCCUGAUAUGUGAAACCAAACCUAUGAUCAGCAUCCAGCAGAUGAUGACGUACCAGAACCAGAAGAACGGCUGCUACCAGCCGCCGCCGGGCAGCAGGCAGGACCACCUCUCUCCAGACGUGGCUCGCCUGAUCCAGCUGGAGGAAGGCAUUCGGCCGGUGGAGAAGAAGAAGCACGGCCACGGCCCCCAUCACAAGAGAGAGCACAGAGACAAGGACCACUGUUCUGUUGACAUGAACGGCCUGGAGACGAAUGUCUAAAAGCAGGCGCUGAUCCCGACAGCCGCCGGCCCGCCCGCCUCGCUGCCGCUGAACCACCGAGACAGACGGAGGCAGAGGGGACCGCUUCACGUUCCCACUCGCUUCCCAUCCACGGAGGAGGAAAACCAAGAGUGGACCCAGAGGGGGAGGAAAAAAAAAAAAAACAGACUUCUUUUUCUACACAACAUAUAUGAUGACCCACAUUAUAUUCUUGAUGUUGAUGUGUGUAAAUAUUUAUCAAAGAUGUAAUAUUUAGCAGCAGCAGCAGCAGGGAAAGCGUGCUGCUCUUUAAGCAAAGCGGGCCUCCUGGAGAAAGACUCUCAAAGAGCAGAGGAAGCAAGAAUCAUGAAAAAGGGAAACAGAAAAAUGUGUUGGGUAGUAAUAAAAGGCUGGAUUCUUCUGAGGACAUCAAUCAAAAAAAGUCAUUUCAUAGAUCUUUUUUAUUUAUCAUGUAUCUGGAGUAAUACUAAUAAUAAUAAUAUCAUAACAACUGGAUUUUAUAUAAUGCUUUUAUUCUUCCUCUGGCUCUUCAUGGCCAUUCUGGAAAAUGUUCUCUCGUUAGCCACGUUGUGAUUAAAGAUGCAAACAAAAAAAGGACAGCGUGGUCCGACAGCAGGAUCAAACAAACUGUGAUGCCCAUACGCAACAGCUUAGAUCACCCGCCGGAUGGCUGAAAAACACACUUGAAGGUUUUCCCUCUAUUUCUCUGCCUUGUUGUCCCGAGCCUCGUGCAUCCUCCGAAUCCUCCCUGCAAAACAAAAGCUUGAACGCCACGCUUCCUUACAUAUCUCAGAUUAUCCUUUGCACCUCCCUCCAACCUCUCUUUGCCUUAAAUGACCAAAGGAGAAGCGUUUGAGCCCCGGCGCAUCUGCUACGGUUCGCUGCAACAGCUCCCACAGCCAGCAAACAGUCGCAGGCCGUGCUCUGCUCUGGUCUGAUGUAGAUUUUCAUUUCAGUUUUCCUCAGCCUCCAUUCAGCAGUGAGCAAAAUAACAGUGGUCUGAGAGCACUAACCGGAUGGA